ACCUCAUAUAAUAAUACAUGCAUAUUUCUAUCAUAUACCUGAAACGAAUUGUGGCAUAAGCACUGUGAUGCUGCAACAGGUUGAUCAUCUCAGUUUCCAAUGGAGGGAAAAGACGAGUCCAAGCAACCAAAUCCCCGGAGCUUAAUCCCUCGCUCCGAGCUCAACCAAGUCAGCUCAGAUUUCAUUCUAGCCAUGAGUAUGCACGAGCAAGAGCAGGCAUACAGGAUGCUAGAAACAAUUGAAAGUGAAAGCGAAGAAGAUGAAGAAGACCAGGAUGACAAUGAUCAAAUUCAUGAUGAUGAUGAUGAUACUACUUCCUCUGAUGAAUUCUAUCAUCAAGAUGAUGCUGAUUUCUUUGAGCUUCUCGAGGACGAAAAUGGAAGCGACAGUGACCUAGAAAUGGGGGAAGACGAAUUUGGUGAUCUCGAUGUGGAUGAACUGUCUUAUGAGGAAUUGUUAGCGCUUGGAGAGUUCAUAGGGGAAGAGAAAAGAGGUCUGCCCAGCAAUGAAAUUUCUACAUGUCUGCAUCCCCACACAUACAGAUUAUCUCCAGUUUCUCAAAGCAAGAAUAGCAUUAUUGAUAAGUGUGUGAUAUGUCAAUAUGAGUAUGAAGAUGGCGAAGCUUUGGCUGCAUUGCCUUGUGAGCACCCUUAUCAUUUGGAGUGUAUAAGCAACUGGCUUCAGAUCAAAAAGUGUUGCCCGAUUUGCAGCACAGAAGUUUCAUCAUCGUCGUCCAAAACCAAAAUUGUAUAGCUGCCUGUUACAAUUAUAAAUUUCAUUAUUUAUUGCGUCUGAUUGUAAAACUUGUAAAUCCAUGUACAAGAUCUCUGUUCUGAACUCUAUGCUAGAAAUAAAAGAUAAUAGCUUACGCUUU